CUGUGAGGGCAGAUGGAGUAGAGAGGAGAGGAGCACAGAGAAGGGGAGGAGAUUCAAAUGGUCAGCUUGUGAAAAGGUUGCGUGGGGCAAUUAAAGGCAAGUGUGCUUUUCUGCCGACCGGAGUUCAGAGCGGGACUGAAAAAGCUCCAACUGUCCGUGCAACUUGAUGCACGUUUUUCGGAGAGAGAUUUUGGACUGAAUGGACUCCAUUUCUACUUUGUGCACUGCAUAUGCUCUGUGAAAGCCGGCUGCUACUGUUCCAUGCUACAAAGGCGUUUUAGGCUUUGUGCUUGGAUUUGGUUGAUUUCAGACAUAAGUAUACAGACAUUUUAUUUUUGAGAGUGUUGCUUCAUUGCCUCAGCACCUCCGGUUCGCCUCCGGGGCCUUAUUCAUUAGUAAGCACAAUCCACUUCAUCAGGUUACACGCGGCGCUGCUACGUGACUGCAUUCAUUCGCAGCUUUACUAAACCGGGAAAGGACGACUGGGAAAUUCCGGCUCAGCAUCUUUUUUCUUAUUCUGAGAAUUUUGGAACUUUUUUUUUUGUUGGAUUGUUUCCUUUCUUCUCCUCCUCCUCCUUUUUUCUUUUCUUAAUUGUGUGCAUCGGAGGCCAUCAACCCCCCGUCUCCCCUCGCAGACAUCGCGAAAUGAAACUCGGUUUUGUCAUCCAGGCUGCGGUGGCGCUUUAUCUGCUGCUCUCACCUGCACAGAGUCUUCCCUUGUCAGACAUAAACAGUACAACUGAAGUGCUGAUGUUCCAAGAAGUGUGGGGUCGCAGCUUCUGCCGGACCAUCGAGAAGCUGGUAGAAGUGGUGCACGAGUACCCAACGGAGGUGGAGCACAUCUACAGCCCCUCCUGUGUGCCGCUGGUGAGGUGUGCAGGUUGUUGUGGGGACGAAAAUCUUGAGUGCCAUCCCACCCAAACCACAAACGUCACCAUGCAGCUGUUGAAAAUCAGGCCAUCAGAGCCGGGUCAAGAAUAUGUUGAGAUGACUUUUGUGGAGCACCAGACAUGUGAAUGUAGAAUCAGGAAACUAACUGGGAAGGUUGAAAGGAGAAGGCAAAGAGGAAGAGGAAGAAAGAGAAAGGAGAGACAGAAAACAAAAGAAUGUGACAGGUGCCAGAUCCCUCGCAGGUAACUGCAGUGGCGACCCAAUCCCCUGUUGCAGUGUGGCUCACUAUUUAUUUCCAACCCAGCGACAGCAUCAAGAGUCUCCUCCAUUCAUCUACCAAUACUGUGUGUGCAGCCAGAGACUCAAACAGCUGGGGUGUUUUGCUGCCGUACCCUCCUGCUGAUGGGCACAGCAUUUGUGAUGACGAGCUUCAACAGGAAGUGUGUUUUGAUUGGUGGAAACUGCUGUUACACACCUGACGCAAUGGACACGCCUGGGAGCCAGUGCAAUUUAAAACCAAACAGACCAAUUUCUUCUCUUUUAUAUUAGUUAUUACUGUAUCAGUCAUUGUAAUUUGGUCAUUUCCUUGGUAUUUAAAUGUGGUUACACUUGUUUAAAAUCUAUAUUUAUUGAUACAGCUGAAUAUACUGUAUUUGGACUAGCAACCUUUUAAAAGUUUGUCAUCCUUUGUUCAAACAUUAUCGAAGAAGCCUUGACUUGUCAUAGCAGCAUGUUUGAUUGAAUGCACAGCUGCUUUGAACAUGCAAUAAUGAAAUGUCUCCCUCUAGUGUUUAUGGAAAACAAUGUUCAAAACUGCUCUAAAGGAAAAGUGUUUUUUGUCUGUCAUUUAUACGCUGAAGAUUCGAGAAAGGACAGUGUUGGCAGUCACAUCAUCAGCUUAAUGGAAUCUUCUACCUGUCAGUUAUGAAAGCAGUAUAUUAAGUGUUUUACUUUCAAUCCAGACCUAAUUAAGAGCAAUCAGAGAAGUUCAUGUCCGUAGACGAUUGUGUUUAAAUAAAUAACUGAUAUAUCAAAUUGUCAGAAAUCUAAAUUGUUCUUUGGAAUCUAUCUCUACUUCUCUAUUGAUGUGCAAAGUCGGAUUUAUGAAUGAAUACGGAAUCUAGUUGGAGCUUAAUCCAUUCUGAGAAAGGGAUCGGAUGAAAAGGCAAACGCCUUCCUAGUGGCUACAGCUCUGGAUAACUAGGCCUGCUUGAAGCAGUGUUCUAAUAAUACACAAUCAGUUUAUUUCAAAGCACACCAGGAAGUGUGUAGUCUGCUGCAGGGCCAACGUGACAGGCCCAGUAGGAAUGGUGCAGAUCAAUACUGUAGUAAACAGUACACUCAAACACUGCUCAUUUAGUAUUGAUGCGCAUUAAAGAGCAUCAAUUCCAAUGAUUGUUUUCUUUUGUUUUAAUGUGAUUGCAAAGUUCUCAAAAAAUAUGAAAGCAUUUAAGUGCUUUUUGCUGUUAAACAGUGCAUCUUUGUGGCCACCCAGAUGACACAAGACCCCCCCAUAAGCCCACAGUACAAGUGUCUCCCUUUGUUUUUGGAAACACUGCAGUAAGGAAGGGAUCAAUCGAAGUAGUUAAGUAAAAUGUUUUUUUUUUUUUCAUGUACAACACAAAGAAAAUCUAUGAAAAUGUACAAAGUAACAUUUCUACUGUGCUAGUAUUUUUAUUUCAUUUAAAUAUUUAUUUUGUAAUUAAAUUGUUAUGGUUGUCAGCUCCUC